AUGGGAUCCUUUUUUGAUGUUCACAAGGCAGAAACAUCGCAGCAGCCGUUAACAACUGCAACCCCAUCAUCAUUGGAUGUGCUGCGGGCUGAGUCCUCUCGACAGCAUGUAUCUGAUGAACUUUGGGAAGAUGGACUUCGUGACUAUCUUGCUCAUGCAUCCAGUAUCAUGGAAAAGUUCAGUGAUGUAGUCAACUGGUUAAAGGAAAAUGCAGCCAAGGGAGGACCUGGUGCUGAAUCUUCUGCCAGUGACAAAAAAUCAUCACUUGAAACUAAUAAGAGAAAUGAGAAUAAUUUAUCUAACGAGAAAGCACCUUCUUUUGCUUCAACAAGUGCGAGCUUUACUACAGCUGCAUGGCCAUCUACCAUAUUCUCCAACAACCAAAGCUACGGAGUAGUGUCUGUUAGUAAAAAUUCUGGCUCACUUCUGUCAAAUAGCCAAAGCUCUGGAAUGUUCUCUGGUAGCCAAAGCCUUGUCUUACCUCCAAACACUCAAACCUCUGGAUUGUUAUCGAGCAGUAGUACUGGGAUUUUCUCAAAUAGCAAGUUGGGAUCCUUAGCCAACAAUCAAAGUGCUGGUUUGUUCCCCAAAAAUCAAACCCAAAGUUCCGGAUUAUUAUCAAAUAGUCAAGGUGCUGGCUUAUUUUCAAAUAGCCAAACCCCAACUAUUGGGUCACUAUCCAAUAGCCAAGGUGGUAAUCUAUUCUCGAGUAGUUCCGGCCCUACAUUGUUUUCAAACAGUCAAAGUACUGGGUUCUUUUCCAGCAGUCCAAGUAGUGGAUUGUUUUCUGGGAGUCCAAGUUCUGUGUGUUAUUUCACGGCCUGUCAGUCAGUUGAUGCGCAAUAUGACAUAUAUUGUUCUUUUUGGAUUUCAGGUGGUCAAAAUUCAGCCACCCCAAACAAUAAUGCUUCAGAUGAAGCAGAUGAUGGAGAUGAAUUGCCAAAGCCUGACAAUCCAUCAGUGAAGAAGGUUGAAGAGAAGGGUGUUGUUGUUGUCUAUCAAGUCAAGUGCAAACUCUAUGUCAAGUAA